AUGGUCCAUGAGGGUCGCUUGUAUUUCGAGCUCAUAACCCAUGAAUAUGGCAUCAUACCGACCAUUCAACAUUAUGGUUGCAUUGUUGACAUGUUAAGUCGAUCUGGUCAUUUAGAAGAGGCAAAGGGUGUCAUAGAGAGGAUUUCUCUGCGAUCAAAUGAGGUAAUUUGGGUGAUUCUACUUGGUGGGUGCAGAAAACAUGGAAACAUUGAGAUUGGUGAGUAUGCAGCUAAGCGUGUGAUGGAGUUAGAUCCAAAUGCAACUGGUUGGUAUGUAUUUCUCUCUAAUAUAUAUGCAGCCGCCGCUGGUCGAUGGGAUGAUAUGGCGAAGGUGAGAAAAAGCAUGAGAUGGAGAGGGGUGAGAAAGGACCCAGGUCGUAGUCUGAUCAAUCAUGUUGGUGUGAUACAUGAGUUCAUUGUCAGAGAUGGAUCUCAUCCUCGAACUGAGGAAAUUUACUUGAAGUUGGAUGAGAUGCACCAAAGAUUGAAGUGUAUGGGAUAUGAACCAGAUAUAACUCAGGUCUUGUUGCAUAUAGAUGAUAGUGAGAAGGAAGCUGUGUUGUCCUAUCAUAGUGAGAAGCUGCCUCUGUUUUACAGAACAAAUUCACUUGGAGACGGGGGAAUUUGGAGGACAUAA